AGCUGAAUGGCUGCAGUCGGGUAGAGGUGGAGAUUUGACACGAGAGCUCUGAUCAACUCCGGAGAUUCACACUGCUGAACAUUUGGUAGUUUUAACAGCAUUUGGCACAGUGAUACAUGGAAAUACAACAAAAGCCAAGCAUGAGGCAACACUGUGCUCUCAAACAUGGAAUACUCAAGGAAUUCCUGGCAGAAUUCCUGGGGACAUUUGUCUUGGUUUUGUUUGGCUGUGGCUCAGUCGCUCAGACUACCCUCAGUCGAAACACCCUGGGUGAGCCUCUCACCGUCCACAUUGGCUUCUCUGUAGGGCUGAUGAUGGCAGCGUAUGUUGCUGGUGGAGUGUCAGGGGGCCAUGUGAACCCUGCAGUGUCUCUGGCCAUGGUGAUUCUGGGCAAACUGAAGAUCUGGAAGUUUCCCUUCUAUGUCAUCGCUCAGUUUCUUGGAGCUUUUGCUGGGGCUGCUGCAGUCUUCGGGUUAUACUAUGAUGCUUUCAUGGACUUCACCAGUGGGGUUCUGUCAGUGACAGGAAUCAAUGCAACAGGUCACAUCUUUGCUUCCUACCCUGCGAGACACCUGUCCGUCCUCGGCGGCUUCAUCGAUCAGGUGGUGGGGACAGGUAUGCUGGUCUUGUGCAUCCUGGCUAUCAUUGAUGAUGAAAACACUGGAGCUCCCAAAGGUGUGCAGCCACUGGCUAUUGGUCUGAUCAUCAUGGCCAUUGGUGUGUCCAUGGGACUGAACUGUGGCUACCCCCUCAACCCUGCCAGAGACCUGGGACCCCGACUGUUCACAGCUGUAGCAGGAUGGGGCAUGGAGGUCUUCAGGUACUACAACAACUGGUGGUGGAUCCCUGUGGCAGGGCCCAUGGUGGGGGGCGUGGUCGCAGCCGUCAUCUACUACCUGCUCAUUGAGCUGCACCACCACCGUGACGAGCCUGAGAAGCCCCACGAGGAGGAAGACGAGGAGGAAGACGAGGAGGACGAGGAUAUCAGUCUGAAGGACAAAUAUGAGAUGAUCACCAUGAGCUAAAAAAAAACAACAAUAACCUCCAGGACUAACUGGUCAGAAUCCGCUGUUUUACUGUCAGUCAGGUGAAGAACAAUCCGGCACAGCUUCGAUCUGUAAGGACAGGUUUCCUCUUGUUAGGGCUCUCUUUGGCAAGCACGUAAUAAUAGGAUAAGCUGUAACUCUGCUGCUUGACUUUAUGCUCUGCAGAGACAAGCUUUUCAAUUCAGUGUCUACAACAUUAAGAGCAUUUAUGGGUAAAAAACUUUAGGAAAAUAAAUUAGGAAAUGUUUUAGAACAGCAGCUAAAUAAGCACUGCGAAUAUUGGUUUGGUCUCUGCUGUGGGUAGAAAUACACAAAACACGCAGAAAGUUGAACCGUCUUUGUCAAAUACUGAACCCACCAUCCAAACCAAUACUUUUUAUGUUUCAUGAACACAAUCCCAGUCCUGUGUGCUUCACAUUGUUAUG